GAUAAGAUAUUAAUUUUACGAUGGUCUGGACACUGGAUGGGUAGUCCACUAGUCAAGAAAAAAGAAAUAGUGAAAGCAUAAAAUAACUCUUAUUCGAUUGCAAAUGUGUAAUAUUAAUCAAAAUAAUCAAAUCUUAUUAGUUGUAAAGUUUUUUUAACUCAUACGGAACUAAAAUAUAGUGUUAUUAUAAAUUAUACAAAAUGGGAGAUUCUACUCAAUCUACUCAAACAGUAGGAUUCAAAAUAACUUUGACAUCGGAUCCAAAACUACCAUUUAAAAUACUUAAAGUACCAGAAACUGCUCCAUUUACUGCAGUUUUAAAAUUUGCAGCUGAAGAAUUCAAAGUGUCAGCAGAAACAUCAGCUAUCAUUACAGAUGAUGGGAUUGGUAUAAACCCUCAACAAAGUGCUGGUGUUGUUUUUCUAAAACAUGGAACAGACUUAAGGCUUAUACCAAGGGAUAGAGUUGGAUUGAAUAAAUGUUAAUAUGUAAUAUAUUGAAUUUUUAAAUAAAUUUUCAAAUAAUUUGUAAUA